UUUAUGCCUGGUAUUACGGCACAUGGGCCACGAACAUAAUGACACAAAGAAGUGAGGAGUCGAGUUGUUCACACCCGUAUGGAUUCUGGGUGAACACCCUACCCUGUUAAACAACAGGCCACACGCUUGACGAAACUAACUUUUUCUUUCAAUAUAAAUGUAUUAUUCGUGAUAGAUAUGACGGAAAUGUUUUCAACUCUGUUCGGGCAAAACGAUGCUCAGGGACCGCCCGGCUCGUCUCUGGGUUUCGGACCGGGGAAGCCUCCGCCGCCUCUGCCGCAAAAUCAAGUCUCCAUGGCGGGGCAGAUGCCACCGCAGCUCGGGGAUGAAGGGCCUGCGCUGCGGAAGCCCGGAGCCAUGAAUGAACCUUUCUACUUACUGCGGGAGCUUCCUGUGGGAAACGAGUUAACGGGCAACACCAACCUCAUCACGCACUACAACCUGGAGCAUGCCUACAACAAGUUCUGUGGGAAGAAGGUGAAGGAGAAGCUCAGCAACUUCCUGCCAGAGUUACCAGGUAUGAUCGACUGUCCGGGCACUCAGGACGGCAGCUCGUUGCGCUCUUUGAUUGAUAAGCCUCCAGUGUGUGGGAACUCCUUCAACCCAUUGACAGGCGCUCUGCUCACAGGCUUCAGACUACACACAGGACCACUACCGGAACAGUACAGACUGAUGCACAUACAGCCUCCAAAGAAGAAGAGCAAACACAAGCACAAACACCAUCGACUGCAGGACCCGUUACCACAAGAAACUCCAUCAGACACUGAUCCCAAAAAGAAGAAGAAGAAACGGGAUGAUGAUCCUGACCGCAAGAAAAAGAAGAAAGACAAGAAAAAGAAGAAGAACCGCCACAGUCCUGACCACCCCGGCCUCGCUGGAUCACAACCCAACAGCAACAGCCUCAGAUAGACGGGAGCCCACUGUGUGCAUGCCGGUGUUUGAAUGUGUGUGAGUGACUGUGCAUUUUGCAAGAGGAUGCGAGUGUGUUUUACAGAUAAUUGUAUUAUUGGGAGUAUGUUUUAAUGAGAGUGGAGACGAAUGAAGUAAUGCAAAUGUUUGUAUGAUGCGUGUGAGAGUGAAAGGAGCAACACAGUGGACGGAUGUGAAGAUGUAAAGAAAAGUUACAGAGCAGUGUAAAAGGCAGAGAGCCGCUGUGUGGUGUUAUGGAUGACUGACUUUGAUUUUGUUGUGAUAUCUUUUGAUCAUAUUGCCAAAAUCAAAUAAACGUUUGGUUAUUAUC